UUAAAAUGACUUCUGUUCAUCAUGUUCGCUGGAUGGUUCUUAUUGUGGUGGCAGUAUUUUCAACUGACCACGAUUACUCGCAACAAAUGAAAUGUUUUAAGGAUAGCGAAACAUUAAGAAGUUGCUGCCAUUUAGACACAAUUUCCUUUCCUUACUCAGACGAGUGCGAAGAAAGUUUUGAGAGAUUGGAAAAUUCGACGGGGAAAUAUCGGAAAAUGAAUGCAACAGCUGAACAUUUGUUAUGCAUCUUCAAGGCUAAACAUAUAAUUAAGCACAAAUCUUGCAAUGUCAGUGAAAAUCAUUUGAUGACCGCUGUGAAAGAGAAAUAUGCUCAAACAGAUUACAAUGAAGCAGCAAUUUUAGCUGUUGAUGAAUGUGUAAACUAUAUUGGGGAGCUGAAAACACGUUUGAAUAGAAGUGGAGAUGAAACCUGCUAUUAUUUGCCUUUUGCUCUCAACUUUUGCAUCACAAGACAUAUCGCGGAUAAUUGUCCUGAAUCAAAGUGGUCUAACAGUGAACAUUGUGACAAUACAAAAAGCAAUGCAACACUUUAUAAGGAUUGCCUUCGAAAGUGGUAAAUUGGAAUUCUUUCAUAAAACGACAUCAGCAUGGAAUUUGAAUAACAAUCAUUAUUAAUGUAAACAAUCAGAUCAUUUAUUUGAUUAAUAAAAAAGCAUAAAUCUUGGCACAAAUAUUUUAAAUAUGCCUAAAUAAUGGAAUAAAUUGAAAUAAAAGUUCUUUGAUUCACAAGUAGCAAGA